AUGGAUAGGCACGACAGCCCGCUAGGUCUUCCAUCUCCAGAUGGUAUAGACUGGACGAAAGAUAUUCCUGAUACUGAUCACGUCCAAUUGUUCCGAUCAACACGAUGGGAGUCCUCGCUCCUUGGUCCCUUAGAGUCUUGGGGCACCGCACUUCGUCUCUAUACUUAUCAAAUCUUUGCCGACAAGCGUCCGAGUUGCGUGUAUUGGGGACCGCAACAAGUCGCCAUCUAUAAUGAAGGCUUCGCCAUAGCUGCUGAUGGAGCUCAUCCUUUCUUGAUGGGUCACACCUUUGCAGAAGCAUUUCCUGAAAUCUGUGACGAUAUCAUGCCUGUCUUUGAAACCGCCAAAAAGACGAAACAAGACUGUCCAGUCAUCGAGAUACCUCUCAUGAUCAGAAGGAAUGGCUUUCUGGAGGAGACUUGCUUUACUGGAAAUUUCACUCCACUCAGAGGAGACGACGGUCAAGUGCAAGGGUGGUACAAUUCAUUGACUGAGAUGACGAGACAAAAGAUCACUGACCGCAGACGAAACAUGCUGAAUAUGCUUGCGGUCCUUCCCGAAGGUUGUACUUCAUUGACUAUUGGUUCUCACUUCAUCGACUGCUUCCGGACGAACUCGUUGGAUAUUCCGUUGGCUCUGGUAUGGGGAAUAGACAGCAAUCCUUCCUCGACACAAUCAUCUCGCAAAUUGAAGCUCCUAGCAAGUCUCGGUGUGCCAGAAGGUCAUCCUUUGGUCAACAAACAUGGAUCUCUUGAUAGCGAGGAAGGUCUCUAUCCGCUUUUGAGAAAAGCAGGAACUAAUCCUACAACUUCUCCCUGUGGAUCAGAGUUUGAUGGUGUUGGAUGGGAAGGAUUCGGCGAGCCAUCAGGGAACAUCUGUGUCAUACCCUUGAUGAAUGCUGGACGCUCAUACGGAUACUUAUGUAUCGGGACCAAUCCAAGAAGACCUAUCGAUGACGAUCAUGAACAAUUCAUGCGGGAUCUUGCAUCGCGACUGUCCUCAAGCAUGGCAUUUUUGGUUUCUCUGGAAGAAUCGGAAAGGCGACAGCAUAGCCUGGAAAACAAAUUGGCUGCUAGUGAACAUCACAUCAGAUACAUGGCCGACCAUCUCGACAUCGGUUUAGAGCACUUAGGUCUCGAUGGAAAGGUUCUAUGGGCCAACGAACAUUACUUCAAAAUCAUCGGCGAGAAACCGACGAAUGAGUUUUCCAAGCUGCGUCUUCCGUUCAAAGAUCAUGUCCUUGAGGAGGAUCAACCAAAGAUGUACGCUGCCUGGAAAGCGGUGCUCGAAGGCGUAAUCACCAGCACAACCGAGUUCCGAAUGAAAAGAUUGUGGAAUCCACCAUUUGGCUCGCCAGUACCUGCGACUGUACUCAUAUCAGCCGUACCAUAUAUGGAAGAUGGUGAGAUCAAGUCUAUCAUGGCUUGUAUGACAGAAGUUAGUCGUCUGAAAUGGGCCGAGGCAUGGCAGGCUCGAGCAGCCCAGGAAGCACAAGAGGCGAAACGACAGCAAAGCGAAUUUACCGAUGCCAUCUCACAUGAAGUUCGCAACCCCUUGACCGCAAUGUUACAGCUUGCCAACAGCAUUUCUGGAUCUCUCGAGGACUACAAAGGAAAGAACACGAGCGCCGAAGAAUACUUGCACAUAAUACAGGAGAAUGUCGAAGCAGCCAAGACUAUCAUGUUCUGCGCCAGCCAUCAGAAAAAAGUGCUUGACGAUGUCUUAAUUCUCUCGAAGAUGGAUUUCAUGCUUCUGAAUCUCUCACCAAGUCCGUCGCAACCACUUGAUCUCAUCAACAAUGCUGUGAAGAUGCUUCAAGCCAAUAUUUCAGCAGCAGAUAUCGAGAUGAAAGUCGAGGCCCAUGAAUCAAUUGCCGAUCUUGGAGUCUCGUGGGUCAUGUGCGACCCAUUGAGGGUGACACAAAUCUUGAUCAAUCUCCUAUCGAAUGCCAUCAAAUUCACGAGACUAGAGCAUCAUCGACAAGUGACACUUCGAUAUGGCGCCUCGUUCGAAGAACCAAGAAACUGUUUGAAGGAAGGACUAGCUUGGGCUUCAACGAGAAAAGAACACGAAGAUGCCACCCUAGGAGAAGAAUGGGGCGAUGGCAAGCAGAUUUAUCUCUGCUUCAGCGUCACCGAUACUGGACCAGGAAUGACCGAGGAAGAACGUGCUCGUCUGUUCAACAGAUUCCAACAAGCCAGCCCGAAGACCUCGAUCAAAUAUGGUGGCACCGGUCUUGGUCUCUUCAUAUCUCACACUUUGACCGAGAAGCAGAAUGGAAGCAUGGGUGUUUUUUCUCAGCCAGGAAAGGGCUCCACAUUCGCCUUUUACGUGAAAGUCCGUCAAGCCGACCCGCCUACGCCUCCUCAGAUUCCUCAGGAACAAACAGCUUUGCCAGAUGUGGCGUAUCAUGUUCUCCUGGUAGAGGACAACCUGAUCAACCAAGCAAUUCUCAAGAAACAGCUCACUCGAGCUGGAUGUAUCGUAUACGUGGCCAACCAUGGUCUAGAAGCACUGGAGACCUUACGCCGCGCCGAUGUAUGGGAAGAAGCAGCUGGUGCUGGUCAUAAGCUGGAUAUUGUUCUCAUGGAUCUGGAAAUGCCAGUCAUGGAUGGCUUGUCUGCAAGCAGAGAGAUCAGAUCCUUGGAGAAGAGCGGAAAAUUGACUAGGCAUGUCGAGAUCAUUGCUAUUACAGCAAAUGUUCGAAAAGGCCAGGUCGAUUGCGCAUUGGAUGCUGGUAUUGAUGCAAUCAUGGCCAAACCAUUUUCGGUUUCUGAUUUGCUGGAGACGAUCAAAACUCGACUGGGAAGAUGA